AUUCUUAUUCGUGUUUAAUACUAUUAUUUAUAUUUCAGAGAGCCAAAAAUUUACUUCAUCGCUCAGAUAGCACACAGAGAAGAACAAGUAAACUACAGAAAGUUAUCGAGAAACGCGCAAACAAGAUCAUGAUGAAGGCCUCUCAGACAUUAGAACAGUCCACUGGGCUUGCCAUUGGCCCCAGGAAGUCUAUAUCUGAAGCAUAUUCCGAGGAGAGCAGCAGCGAGGCCCUGGACGAGUGGGAGGCGGAGCUGGCGGGCAACGUGGCGGCCGCCGUGUGUCGCCUGGCGCGCCACGAGCAGCGCCACCUGCUGGGGCUGGUGCCGCUGCCGCGGCUGCCGCCGCUGCUGGCCGCCGUGCUCAAGGACUGCUUCGCCAUACUCGCGGCCGACGUCGAGCGCGCGUGCGUGCGGUCGCGGCGCGGCGCGGCGCGCUGCGGCUGGGGCGCGGGCGGCUGGGCGGUGCUGGCGCGCCUGCAGCGCCUGGCGCCGGAGCUGGAGCGCGCGCUGGCGCCCGCGUCGCCCGCGCCCUUCGCCGCGGUGCUGCAGCACUGCCAGCACAGCUGCGUGCGCUCGCUGGACGAGUGGCUGGAGGCCGUGCGCGGCGACAGCGCGGCGGGGCCCGUGGACGGCACGGUGCACCAGCUGGCCGCCGCCGCGCUCGCGCACGUGCACGCGCUCGCCGCGCACAUGCACACCAUCGGCCCAGCAUUGGCUACAGAACCAUCUUAUGCUCGCGCAGCUAGUCAGCUGCUCGGAGUACAAGACAGGAACGCCGCCAUGCUGGCUAUUUACAUGAGAAAAGUACUGGCUCAGCUCAACUUCGCGCUUAGAAACAAAAGCGAGCAAUACCCGGACGCUUUGAAAGCAAUAUUUUUGUUGAACAACACUCAUUAUUUGCUACAAGGUCUGCAGCGCAGCGGCCUCCUAGACAUCCUCAUGUUGGCAGAACCGGAGUGCGAAACAAAUUACCGCGACAUGAUACAGGAACAUAAGAACGCAUACCUACAGAGUUGGAACAAAUUACUGGCACAUACAGUGUUAGACGAGCCGCUGCCAGCAAAAUUACGCGACAAGGACAGGCAAAUACUCAAGGAUAAGUUUGCCUCGUUCAACCGCGAGUGGGAGGAGUGCUCGCGGCUGCAGCGCGGCUACGCGGUGCCGGACGCGGAGCUGCGCGAGGCGCUGAAGCGCGACAACAAGCAGGCGCUGCUGCCGCGCUACGGCGCCUUCUACGACGCCUACGCCGCGCUGCCCUUCUCCAAGAACCCCGACAAGUACGUCAAGUACACGCCGCUACAGAUCGCAACUCAACUGGAUGGUUACUUCGACGAAGCUGCUUAAUUGUGUAAAGGAAUCAACUAGAAUAGGAAUAAAUUGCAAAGACACUAUUUAUUUAAUCACCGAUUUAUAUAUUAAAGGAUUGAAAAACA